AUGGCGGUCAAUAAUUUGACUAGUCAUCGUCGUCCACCUAUCAUCGGUGUUUGGGUUGAUCAAGAAAUUGGUCGCAAUGGUACUCAUCUAGACAUCAAACAACGCUUUGCUCGGUUAUCAUCAUUUAUUGAACAAUGGCAUUAUUUUGUAACUCCACAGGAAUUAUAUGACUUUUUAGAUGAUAAUCCAAAAACUCAAAUUUUUCUUAUUAUGUCUGGACAAAAUGGUCAACAAAUUGUUCCUUCCAGACAUUCUUACGAAAAUAUUCAUAGCAUAUACAUAUUCUGUGCCAAUGUUAAUCAACAUCGUCGUUUAAAAGAAGAGUUUGAUAAAGUCAAAGAUGUUAUGAAUUUGAUUGAUAAUGUAUAUGAACGAAUAGCUGAUGAAUUGUCACAAUUAUUGCUUAAUAUUGGUGAAUCAUAUAAACGAUCAGAUGAUCGAAGUUUGGCUCGGAACUAUUUAAAUGAAGCAUUACGAUUAAUGGAUACUAUACUUCAUUAUGGAAAUAAUCAUGGACGUGUAAUACAGGCGAAUGAUCUGUUAGAAUCAAUUGAUUCAUUGAUUGACCCAUAA